ACUCUUGACUGUAAAAAUCAAAGUGAAACAUCAAAUAAUUUGAAUUUGAAUUCAGCUUGCGAGCACUAUCAAACGGCUUCUCCUACAACAUGUGUGUGUUAUUUUUAGCAGCAGUUAUAGGAAUAUAACAGAUCGUGUGUGAAUAUAUAUUAAAUCGGACACAUAUAUCGUGUAUGUGUGCGUGAGUGUGUCCAUAUGCGGCAUGGCACCUUGAACAAACAAUUAUAAGAAAAAAGCGCAAACAAAAAUGUUUUCUGGCCACAAAAGUGCGUAAGGCAGGGAUGACCACGCCCACGGGUGGUGCCUCAGCUGCGCCACUGCCGCACGAGCUAACAGCCGAGUGGACCGUGCGCGCUCACCUGACCUUUGCCCGUGCCAGCGAGCCAGUGCAUGGGGAGGGCAGCGCCACAGAGCAGCCUGCCGUGCAGCCUGCCGUGCAUCCUGUUCAUGUCGUCUACAAGUGGUGCACGCCCUGCGACGAGCAGGACUUGGACAAGACGGCCACCACUUUGGGCACCAGCUUCCGUUCGACCAACUCCUCGGCCACAACGACCAAUGCGGAUUCGGCCUUCGGCAGUCCACAGGCAUCGCGAGCCCUGCCUGCGGGAGCAGCCACCACGCCAGGAGCCACCGCUCAAGUGUGCGGCACGCGUUGUCGCAGCACUUGCAACAUUAUGGUUUCCGCUGUGGCUGACUUCCUGCCACAGGAAGCGACGACUGCGGCAGCAGCGAAUGAGCCUUUCGUCUAUCACAACAAGGUGCGGGCACAACAGCUGCGCGAUGCCUUCUCGCAGACAAGCGACCACGAGGAGUCGCAGCAGCAGCAGCAGCAGCAGUCGGUGGAGCCUCAGCAGCAGCGACGACGUGCCGCCUACGAGCAGCGUCGCGCGACCACCGAGGCGCUUGUGAAUUUUGCCAGCAGGCGGCAGGCAGAGGAGGCGAACACUUAUGUGCCAACCUACUCGCCCACGCCCACCACGCCCUCGUCCACAUUCAAGUCGGCCUCGAUGCCGAGGAUAGCGCCACAGGCAGGAGGAACGUUGCCCAGGCUGCCGCCCAAUUUGGGGGAGAAGAAACCGCGCACCGUGCACAUCGAUGUCUACUGCACGGGCUCCGAGGGGGAUGAGGAGGCGGACGAUGAGCAGCAGGCAGAUGUGGAGAUCUCCUCCAGCUCCAGCUCCAGCUCAGACUCGGAUCUAGCGGGCAGCAAGCGCUACGAUCUGGACUCGAAUUCCACGCCGCAGACAGUGUUGGACAACGAGCAAAUGUUGCUGCGGCAUCAGCGAAUCUCCGGAGGAGCCAUGCCACGCCGCUUGGGGCAGCAAAAGGAGCAAAAGGAAAACCAGCAGCAGCAGAUGAGCCUGGGCCAUGCCAUCACCAAAUGCAGCACCGCCGAGGAGGUGACCGAAUCGAAGCAGCUGCUCUUCCGCAAACACAUUGGCGAUCAGCGGGCAGCCAAGUUGGCCAACUUGCGACAGAAGUACAUGCGACAGCCAAGCGAUGACACCAUCAGCAGCACCUACCCGAACUCCUCGCACUCGACCAUGCCCAGGGAUGCCACCUGCAGCAGCAUCUCCAGCGUGGCAGCGGCCACCGAUUGUGUGGACUCUUCGUGGAAGGAAACGGACGAGCCGGAUCAUCCGUUGGGCGUUGCCUUUGGCCUGGCCAAGUCGGAUAGUUUUGAUUAUGAGAACUCGCUGGAUCGCCUGCGCAUUAGCCAGAUGGAGCGGCUGUGGUCGCGUCAGCACUCGUUGGAUUUUCCACAGAAUGGAGGCAGCAACUUGACACACCAGCAGCUGCAGCAGCAACAGCCUCUUCAUCAGCAUUUGUCUCCCCAUCAGCCUCCUCAGCAUUUGCAGACCAUCAAAGAGGUGCAGUCGCAGCGCAACUCCUUCCAGCGCAGCGACACGAUCCCCUCCGAAUCGGAUGGCUUCUCCGACACGAACAUUUUCAACACGUAUCCGGGCAGGCAAAUAUCGCAGCUGCAGCAACGCAAUCGUCCGGGGUUCCUGCAGUUCUUUGGACCCUCCAUGGGUGCACCCGUCGCUGAGCAGCCCACGCCGCCAGUGACAGCACCCGUGCAGUCUGCUUCAGUGGCCAGUGCAGAUCCGUUUCGAUUGCUUCACCCAAGCUAUCGGUGGAAGAGCGAGGCACGCGACAAUCUCAGCGUGCAGCGACCCUCGGGAUCGCCUUCGUCGGAGCGCAGUUCGCCGCAGCUGCUGUCGGCGGCCACCACUGUGGUACGCUGUGGCAGCGAGGCACCGCCCAGCACCACAUCGGCCAGCACAUUUGGCACCACAGUGGUGACACCCUCGCCGCUGCCCGGGCGUCGCUUUGACAUCUCCCGCGACAGUCCGAGCGUGGCCAGUGAGGCGUCCACGGCCACCGUUUCGGGCUACACCCACGAGCAUCUGGAGAAGACGCGACGCUUUGGCAAUGUGGUGGCCAUGCGCAAGCCAGGCCAUCAUGUCGGACCCACCAAGAACCCAAACUGUCAGUGCGAGAGCUGCCAACGUUGGCUGGCUGAACGUUUUCAGUUGCGCGGUCGAGCGUUUUCUUUGGGCGAGCGACCAGUGUUGCGAAGGCCGCAGUAGCAAGCAUUUAGCACUUUGCCACCCCCCACAUAAGUAUCAAUUAACCCAUACUGCCCCUCAGUGGAUUUCAUUUUCUUUCGAUUAAGUUUAAGCCGCGAAAUGUUCCUCACACAAGAAUGAAUAAAACACAACAGAAAUUGUGCGCUGAAUCAGUUU